AUGAGAAAGAUCUACGCACUUCUUUCCUUAUUCCUGAUUUUUAUUGUGAACGAAAAACUGGAUGCGCAAGCGGUCAGUGGCUAUGUGUUUGCGCCUUCAGCCGGCACUUAUACAGCCCUUACCGGAACGACAACCAGUACAGCGACUGGUGAUGAUGGUACACAGAACGUUCCCCUUGGGUUCAGUUUCGUAUUUGGAGGUGUUGCCUAUUCCAACGCGGUUAUCUCUACCAACGGUGCUAUUAAGCUGGCUGUUGAUGGCACAACCGGUUUCGGAGCCAGUUGGACCAACGCCCUUGGCAAUGCUUACGGUGCACCCAUUAUCGCACCGGCCUGGGAUGAUAACAAUGCAUCAGGAGGCAGUGUAUAUUCGACUGACGGUGGUGCAACCUAUACCAACCUUAUCACCUAUCUCGGUGGUGCCACUGGUCCAUUGAACACCGGCGGCUCAUCACUCGGUUCGUUCACCCCAGGUGCAGAACAGUGGGCUGAAAAAACGGUCGAUCUUCCCAUCGGUACCAACAGGAUUCGUUUCAGGGGUGUUUCCGCAUUCGGUAACAACCUCUAUCUUGAUAAUAUCAGUGUACAACCUACUCCAAGCUGCUUGCCAGUUACGGGAGUAGUAAAUGCACUGGCUGUUUCACCAACCACGGUGAUCGUUUCAUUCAACUCACCAGGCACAGCCUUCGUAGUUGAAUACGGUGCACCCGGCUUUACACCAGGUACUACCAACACACCAGGUGUGGGUGGUACAGUUGUCUUCGGUGCAUCGUCUCCGAUAACUGUUAACGGGCUUGCAGCCGGUACUACUUACGACUUCUAUGUAAGACGUAUUUGUAUCCCGGGUGUUGAUUUCAGCACUAAUAAGAAAGCAACCGCUACAACUUUGUGUGCGGCUACUAAUAUUCCUUACGUACAGAAUUUCGAAACGUCUACACCGUUAAUUGGAUUCCCGACUUGUACAAGUAUGGAAGAUGUUAAUGGUAACAGCGGACCUACACCAAACACUGGCGGUGGCCGCUGGAUCACUAAUAAUAUCGCACAGACAUAUGUAUCGCCUACAAAGAGCUUGUGGUACAUUUAUGACCUUGUAAACCCGGCAAGAGCAGAUGCUGCUGCAGGAGUCGGACCGACCGGAACAGUUUCUGAUGCUACAGGCUUUAAUCAAUUGUAUUCGGUUGGAAAUGGUAACUGGACCAUUGCAAUGAGGGACUAUGUGGGCUUCGAUGCCGGAACACUCACUUCAUGGAGCAUUACCAUAACUUACCAGUUCCUGAAUCCUGCUGUAACCUGGACCCCGGUUUCAGGAUUGUUUACCAAUUCAACGGCAACAACAGCUUAUACCGCCGGAACAGAUGCACCUACUGUGUAUGCAAAACCAACCGGUACGACAGUCUAUACGGCUACAGCAACCGGCUCAGGUGGAUGUACAACAUCUGCGACAGCAACAGUAACUGUUAACCCAUUACCUGUAAUAGCUCUUGGUGCAAUACCUGAUACGGUUUGUAUCAGUGACGGUGUCAUUCAACUUCCGGCUACACCAGUAGGUGGAAACUGGACAGGCAUCGGGGUAUCAGGAAACACAUUCAUACCGACAGCAACAGCAGUGGGUACCUACACACUGACCUAUAGCUAUACUAACGCAUCAGGAUGCUCAGCGACUACAACAAAACGUAUAGCAGUGAAGGAUUGUCCCGAAAGAAUCAGGUUGCUGCGUGACGAUGCACUUGUACUUUACCCGAACCCGAACCUCGGC